GAAACCUAAGACAGGAAUCCUGAUGCUGAACAUGGGAGGCCCGGAGCGCCUGGAUGAUGUCCAUGAUUUCCUACUUCGCCUCUUCCUGGACAGAGACCUCAUGACCCUUCCAGCUCAAAGUAAGUUAGCUCCCUUCAUCGCCAAGCGCCGCACACCCAAGAUCCAGGAGCAGUACAGCAGGAUUGGAGGGGGCUCUCCCAUCAAGAAGUGGACUGCAGUGCAAGGAGAGGGCAUGGUGAAGCUGCUGGACAGCAUGUCUCCCCACACUGCACCUCACAAAUACUACAUCGGCUUCCGCUACGUCCACCCGCUGACAGAAGAAGCCAUUGAAGAGAUGGAGAAAGAUGGCAUUGAAAGGGCUAUUGCUUUCACCCAGUACCCCCAGUACAGCUGCUCUACCACUGGAAGCAGUUUAAAUGCCAUCUAUCGCUACUACAGCCAGAGGGGGGCGAAGCCGAAGAUGAAGUGGAGCAUCAUUGACCGAUGGCCCACACAUCCCCUGCUUAUCCAGUGCUUCACCGAUCACAUACAGAAGGAACUGAACCUCUUUCCACCUGACAAAAGGAAAGACGUCGUCAUCCUCUUCUCGGCUCACUCCCUGCCCAUGUCUGUGGUGAACCGUGGCGACCCGUACCCUCAGGAGGUGGGAGCUACUGUCCAGAGAGUCAUGGAGAAGCUGAACUACUCCAACCCUUACAGGCUUGUGUGGCAGUCCAAGGUUGGACCAAUGCCUUGGCUUGGCCCCCAGACAGAUGAGACCAUCAAAGGCCUGUGCCAGCGAGGGAAGAAGAAUAUGUUGUUGGUCCCAAUAGCCUUCACAAGUGACCACAUCGAGACGCUCUAUGAGCUGGAUAUUGAGUAUGCCCAAGUUCUAGCCAACGAGUGUGGAGUUGAAAACAUCAGAAGAGCAGAAUCCCUUAAUGGAAACCCACUGUUCUCCAAGGCCCUGGCAGACCUGGUGUGUUCCCACAUCCAGUCCAACGAAGUGUGCUCCAGGCAGUUGACCCUCUGCUGCCCUCUCUGCGUGAACCCCGUGUGCAGGGAGACCAAAGCCUUCUUCAGCAGCCAGGCACUGUGA